AUGAAAAAGGCGGUUACUCCCGGAUGGCGAGGAAAAAUGAAAUAUGGCAGCCGCAAGGCCCACGUCCCUUUGAUAAACCUGCGUUUAAUUUUGGUGUCCGGCAAGACGAAGGAGUUCGUGUUCAGUCCCGUAGACUCGGCGGGUGAUAUUGCAAUACAUGUCUACGACAAUUGGCCCGAAGCGGACUGGGCAUCAGAGAUGGUAUCGCGCGCCGAAAUCUUGCGACUGAUCUACCAGGGCCGGUUCCUGCACAGCUCCGUAACACUAGGCGCUCUCGGCCUACCCAUGGGCCGCACCACGGUGAUGCAUCUCGUGCCGCGCGAACACCUGCCCGAGCCCAACUCACAUGAUCAAAGGCAAAAAAGUAAAGGUGGCUCAAGCAGUUGUUGUUCACCAUCUUGCUGCAUAUUGUAA